AUGCCGUCUCUGGAGAGCCCCCUCAAGGAGGGUGCAAGGCUGCUCCUGGUCUCCAAUCGCUUACCCAUCACAAUCAAACGAUCCGACGAUGGCAAGUAUGAGUUUUCGAUGUCGUCGGGCGGUCUUGUCAGUGGACUGAGUGGGUUAUCGAAAUCAACGACGUUCCAAUGGUACGGAUGGCCUGGUUUAGAAGUGCCAGAGGAUGAAAUCCAUUUGGUGAAAAAAAGAUUGUCCGAUGAGUACGAUGCAGUUCCUGUGCUUAUCGAUGAUGAAUUGGCGGAUAGACAUUAUAACGGAUUUUCAAAUUCUAUACUCUGGCCACUUUUCCACUACCAUCCGGGGGAAAUAACUUUUGACGAGUCCGCGUGGUACGCGUAUCGAGAUGCAAACCGUCUUUUCGCUAAGGCUAUCGCGAAUGAUGUGAAGGAUGGUGACCUUGUAUGGGUCCACGACUACCAUUUAAUGUUGCUGCCAGCAAUGCUACGCGAAGAAAUCGGAACGUCAAAAAAGAAUGUGAAGAUCGGAUUCUUCCUGCACACACCUUUCCCCAGCAGUGAGAUAUAUCGAAUCUUGCCUGUCCGGAACGAACUGCUACUAGGAGUGUUGCACUGUGAUUUGAUUGGAUUCCAUACCUAUGACUAUGCACGACACUUCUUAAGUAGUUGUUCGAGAAUACUUGGCUUAUCGACCACUCCAAACGGUGUGGAAUUUCAAGGCAAAAUCAUCGCAGUGGGCGCGUUCCCUAUCGGUAUUGAUCCGGAGAAAUUUACAGAAGGUCUUAAAAAGGAGAAGGUGCAGAAACGGAUAACUGCUCUCGAGCAAAAGUUCCAAGGGGUCAAGUUAAUGGUCGGGGUGGAUAGGCUAGACUACAUAAAGGGCACCGUUGAAUUCAUGCCAAUACAUUUCAUGCACAAAUCAGUUAACUUCGACGAACUAAUUGCGCUCUACGCCGUUUCGGACGUCUGUGUGGUCUCCUCGACCAGGGAUGGUAUGAAUCUUGUUUCUUACGAAUACAUAGCAACCCAGAAGAAACGUCAUGGAUGCCUAGUUUUAUCAGAAUUUGCCGGUGCGGCGCAGAGUCUCAAUGGCAGCAUCAUUGUCAACCCAUGGAAUACGGAGGAGCUCGCCAACGCCUUCCAGGAGGCCGUAACGAUGAGUGAUGAACAGAGAACCUUAAAUUUUUCCAAACUUGAUAAAUAUGUUUCGAAAUACACAAGUGCUUUCUGGGGCCAAUCUUUCGUCUCUGAGCUUACGAGAAUUUCAGAACACGGAGAGAAAAAGCUCAGGCUAAGGAGAUCCUCAAAGGUGCCCGAGGAGAUGGCUAAAGACGCGGUUGUGCCUUCCAUUCCCGUGUAUGAUACUACAAAAAAUGAAAAUAAAAAGUGAAGAUCUGUUAGGACACCGAAAGAUAAAGUUACGUUCAAUUGAGAACGGAAUAUGAAUAGCUACGAGUUUAAAAUACUUUUACCGAAACAGCAUUACCCGGAGCGCAACCUGUAUUUCGAAGUGGAAAGGGAACAAGGGCUUUGUCGAGUUUAUAUAUAGCAAUUAAUCGCAGCCUAUUUGUUUCUCUUCCCUUUUUGUUUCUGCUCAGCUGGUGGGUUUAUUCGUUGGGGUUGAGGCCUGUUUGUUUCUCUCUCUCUUUCGUUGUCUUUGUUUUCUUUUGCUUCUAUUAAAAAGCUAUUCCUCUGUUCCCAAUCUAUCUUUAUCUUGAAACUUAACCUCCUUGAGUUAUGAAGCAGUGGUUUGCCAUUCAGGCGUGCUUUCUUUCUUCUACUGUACAUAUGCAUAUCUGGCACAUCCUUAUCUGUACAUAAACGUUCAAUGCAAACAGAACAAAUACACGUGAU